AUACCGGCGGAUGGGGUGCGCCCACACCUCCCGGACCCAUACAACACAUGCAACCGCAGCAACAGCGCCGACCGCCCGGACAGGGAUUCAAUAUGAGACCGCACUUGCAGCCCAUGUCUGGACCGACCGGCAAACGGGGCAAUCAAGGGGGCGGUUGGGAGGGGCCGCCCAACAAGCGGUUCAAUAAUAAUAAGGGCAAUCGCGGCGGUGGACAGGGAGGCGGCAAUUGGCGUCAAGGGGGCGGACAUCCGAACAAACAGAACCGGAACUUCAAUAACAGAAACAAUAACCGAAACAAUAGUAAUAAUCGGGAACUAAACCGAAGCAAACAAAAUGAUACACAACUGGAAAGA